AUGGAAGAAACAGUUCUAAUCAAUGGCAAUAGAAAGGCCAACUCUUUAUCCACUCCGUUUGCAAAGGGAAAAUGUGUCUUCUUCACCUUUUCAGCUGUUGGAGUCUUGUUGUGUGUCAUUAGUUCUUUGGUGUUAAAUUCGAUCAUUUUCAACAUGUUGAACGGAUCAAAUUCUCAUCAAGUAAUUUCCUAUAAUUCUACAGAGUUUCCUUCCCUGACUGUCCAACAUGUAGCUUCUGAAUUAAUCAAAAAGGGACAACCUGUUGGUACUUGUUCUUAUGAUCUUGGUAAAGUUUGUCCAAUUGAGUUGCGCAGAGUACUUGACUCUAUUUUACAAACCUUGAAGACAACCCAAUCCAAUUCUGAAUUGAUUUCACAUGUUAGCGAUGUUUCCAUGUCAUUAUCAAUUUUGAUUCAACACAUCAAACAAGGAAAUUCUCAAAAGAUUAUUUUCAAUGGAAUUGUUUCAAACUUUCCAAUAGUUUACUAUUCUAUUGAAUCGGUUGACAUUUUACAAGCAAUUGGAGAGAAACCAUUGGAAGUCAACGAAAGUUUCAAACUGAUGGGUGCUAAAAUUAUUUACUACGAAGCAGAUGAUGAUGAAGCAACCUCUAGAAGUGUUGUAACAUUUGUUAGAUCUAGUCCAACAAAUGAGGGAACAUUCCUUCAUCAAUUUAAAACAGUUCUCCUUACAAUCAAUCAAAAUCAGUUGAAAUCUACCAUUAAUGUUGAUAAUUCAACUGUUGGAUUCAAUAUUGACUCAAAUUUGAAGGUUGAUGAUGAAUUUAAUGUGAAAUAUUUCAGUAUUGGAAUGACUGACAGUGAUUCACCAGUAAUUACACUUUAUUUCAACUCUGUUUCAAAAGGAUGCCAAGCAUCUGUCAUCUCUGUACAAAAUAACAAGUUAAAUACACUCAAUUCUUUACAACAAGGUCCUACAAAUGUUGGUUGUAAUACUGGUUUGAAGAGUUUCACCUACGAUUCGAAUACCAUUUUGAUUUUAUCUGCAUUUUCAUUGGCUGCCAUUACUGUUAACUCACAAAGUGGUGCUCUCACAACAAAAUCUCUCAGAUUUAGUUACACUUCUUAUAGAGGUUUAGAAUUUCAACGUAAAAUUAGUAUUAACUUUAUUGGAAAUGAUAUGAAACCUAAAAAGGGACAAGUAAGGUCUUCCAAAUUCUUUAUCAUCUAUUCCAAUGAAGCAAAUGGUUUCAGUCAAGUCAUGCCAAUAACAUUUAACGGAAAUGAGUUCGACACUGCAAGAAUUAUUCCAUUCUCCAAAUCAAUGAAGAAUAUUCAAGGCACAUACUUUGAUACCUCAAAUAUCAAUUUAAUUUUCCAACAAGAUGAUGAAUACAAGUCCAUGAAAGUCACCUUCACCAAUGAAAAGGAACAAUCAAGUGGAAAUACCUAUUUAAUUGAAACUCCAAUUGAGGGAAUUGAAUUAUCUUUGAAAUCUAUUUCACCAUUGGAUUGGUUAAUUAGAGCACCACCAACCAGUUUAUCAGACAACUUUAUUAUCUCUUUACUUGUCGAUCCAAAUAGUUUAGAUUUCCAAUUAGGUCAAAUGUCUUCAUUGAGUACAGUUAAUUUUAUUGGAUUAGCUCUUCAAGAUGCCAAGUCAGGAGAUAAAUUGCAUAUUAUGAGUGAGGGAUUGACACCAUUAGGAACCUUUGAUAAUGAUCAACUCAUUCCAGGAAUGGAAUAUUAUGUUUCGGGUUCAAAUGGUAUUUCUCUUGAACCUUCCUCUUCUAGUGAAUUAAAGGUUGGAAAGGCAAUUUCAUCCAGUCAAUUAAUCAUUUACAAACGCUCUUAGUAAUAAUAACAAAAUAAACAAUUCAAAUUCAAGCAAG